ACCCAAUUAAGCCCGUCGCGUAUUGCCCACUCCAAGCCAACACGCGUUACGUAGAGCUUAGGAAACAUGAUCAUUGUCGCUUAUUAACACGAUUCUCGAUCAGUCAUACAUAUGCAGGAUUAAACCUAUCUAUUUGUUAUUUUCAUAUUUUCGCAUGGCAACCGAUCUUUGCGAAUGGUGCAACGGGCUCUGAUACGUCACUAUGCGACGGCUCCAUGUCGUAUCUCGUAAAUUCAUCGAAUUGGCGGCUAGAACGCGCAGUUAAACAAGAUGCCUGCCUUUACGGCCAUUAAUCUCGAGCCCGAAGAAAACCUCGACGAAGAGAUUGAUACCUCUCGCGAACUCCACAUAGACGAGGCUCUCAAACGCUUUCAGACCGCCCUGAAACUUCAUGCCCAAGGCCCCAACCAUUACCAAGAAGCCACUGCUGCCUACGACCAUCUUUUUCAGUCUGAAAUAUUCCGUCUUCCUGAGAGCACCACUGAAUUCGAUCGUGCUGAGAGACAUGCGCAAGGCCGUGAUUUGUCUGCCCACCUGUCCUUUCCCCAUACCCUCGAAGUAGCCCAACCCGAUAUCGCCGACGUCGACGGCGGCGCAAGCAGCUUACCACAAACCCUCUACCUGGCCUACAAGAACCAUGGCCAGUUUGCACUUGACGCCAUCCGCCACCAGGCUAGGGUGAGCCCAGCUGAUGGCGUUUCAUUGUUGGAAGACGAAGCCACACUCUCUCGGGCACAGCGAGCCCUCGACGAAUUCAGCGCCGCUUUGGACCAGGAUCCAUCUGACGCCGAUCUAUGGAGAAGGGCUGCCCGUGUCGCUGCUUUCCUUAGGAGUGCGAGAAUUAGUCGAUACUGCCUUGAGGCGGCCAUUGAGCUAGACGAUGAUCCGGCUGUUGACGAGGUUGAGCCUCCGUCUCUUGCUGAAGGAUUCGCGGGUGAGCAGCUGAAAGGCCAACUACAGGUCUUGUCGGACGAACUUGGCUUGAAUCAUCCUGCAAUGGCCCCUUUCAUGAAGAAAAUAAUACCAGAAGCUCUUAAGAAACAUAUUGACCCGCUUCCUUUCCUACCUGACCAUACUACAUCACUUACAUCCUCCAAGCCAACUAUCAAGGGAGCGGAUGCGCAGGAGUGCAUCAUCCAAGUUCCAAAUCCCUCCUGGGUAGAUCUAGGACUUGCUCUCCUUGCAUACACGAGAUCCAACGAUGUGGGUGCGGGUAAAGUUAGGCUGCUCGUUCCUGAAAUACCAGACGUUCUUGAUGAUGUGCAGACUCUAGCCGAACGCCCCAAGACACAAGAAGUUGAUGAAGAGAAUCAGACAGUAGAGAUACCAACAGUCGAAUCGCCCUCGACGUCGAAAGAUGAUCAGGUCGACACGCCUAAAGAGGCUCGCGCAGAGAACGACAGCACACUAGAGGAUCGUUUGCAAGAUCGAGGUAGUUCUAUUAUAUCACGCAAACGGUCUCAAUCUGUUGCUGGUCUCCCUGAUGCCGCGGAGGAAGAAGCGAUUGACCAGAAACGAAGUAAACGCACUCGCCGUCGUGAGACGGCUGGGGAGGCGCUAGAUUCAAAUACUCUUCUGGCUGCCCAACUACAACCUUUUCAAGCUGCGGAUAAGAAUCUUUUCCAGAUGACUCGCAACCUAGCCGAGAAUCUAGGGGUUGAGGAUAAAGCUACUCUCGAACGUCUUGGUGAAGUGAUAGACUCAUGCGCCUCAGACACGCGGACAUCUAAAUUAACUCGUCGCCCUAUGGUCGAUUUGCGCGACUCACUUAUAAAGUUUGUAGAUGAGAACGCGAAAAUUCUUCUAGCCAAGAAAACCUCCUCGCCUAUUGGACUGGCCUCAUUUCUUGAGCACUCCAAGCCAGGAUCCCAGCACCUUGCCUCUAAGCCUCCUUUCCACGAUUCUAGAGGCCUUGCUGGCUUUGUGCAGAGAAUCAAUGAUGGCUGGAUGGACAUUCAACAAGUCAUAUUCCAAUGGACUCAACAUAUUUGUGCUAAUUACCUUAGUAGUACAUGGUCUGAUGAGAUGAAACGAGCUGUGGUUCAAGUCAUAAGCUACCUACACGAAGUUAUAUAUUCUGGAACAGAGCACGAGCUUCUACACUGCAAGCAAACUGGAAGCUCUAAACGCACAAGACCUGCCGUCGACCAAUUGGUCCAGAUGCAAUUUGAAUUGCAUUUGGAUAUCUAUGAACGCAUCACUAACCCAAACAGUGCUGUAGAUUUCGCUACACGCGUGGAAACGAAAGCCAGGUUAGCUCGUUGGUUUUCUUUGGCCGCACAGUUGAGCAAGGAGCGAGCGGAGACCAGCGAUAUUUCGUUGUCAAUGCGAUUCCUUUGGUCUUCCGUAUUUGCCGUAACGCUUACAGAAGGCGUGGAGCGAGAGCAUGUUUUGCAAUGCUGGAAGAGCCUCCGUGAUCGACUUGCCGAAGAAGAUCCGACUUUCAAUAUUCAACUUCCUAACAACGCCAUCAUGCCUGAGGUAUCUGCACUAGCAGCAGAUCGGGAGAUAUCCAAACUUACUACGAUGGAUUUCUUCCUGGGACUUUUUCAGACUGAUUUAAAGGAUCCUGUCUCGGUAAUUGAAAGCUUGGAGCCGGUAUUGAACCCGUCAUCAGUUGUAACUAUGAUCGACCAAUCAGAUCAAUCGGAUGACGAGGCCACCACCCAUGAGCUUACAGGAGCAUCCAGCCAGGAGGACCAUUCAGUCACUGAGACUGCUAGCCAAGGUCUUCGUGAUCUGUGGAAGUUUCUUUUGGGCACAAGCACCGAACUACGCCUAUUUCUUUGGACCCGUUUAGGCGAUGCGUAUGAGGAGAUCGACUACAAGACCAAACAGUUUUCCUGCUAUCUAAAAAGCAUAGAGAUGAUUAUAGAAGACUUCGAAAGAGAUCCAUAUCUUAAUGCAUCUGACGAAACUCGAGUACCAUUGUUCAUCAAGAUGCUCAAGUUUCUCGACGAAUUACUUAUUUCCGCCCUAUCUACUGCUCUCAACGAGCCCAGUGCUUUUGAGAUUGCUGACGAUCAGCAUAUUAAGCUAAGCAUUGCAGCUGUAGCUAAACUAUGCUGUAUUUUACACGUUUCGUCGAUGUACGAAGAUGAGGUCCGUGUUGGCAUGAUGCAGCAUGCAUCCAACAGCAACACAUUCCAGUCUUUCAUAAACAAGCUGCGUGAGAUGCAGGUUCGAAGUUGGUCCCUGCUAUUCACGAUUCUGAAGGCCGGCAUGCAACAGAAUAAAAAUCUAUUUCCUACGGGUGAUAGCGAACGAGCAGACUACCUUGCUGCUAUCCAUCAGGUGUUAGGCCUCCGCAAAUUCUGCAAGUCAUCUAACAAGAUCUUUCUUCGGAUGAUGCGGGUUGAAUUGUUGAAACCAAAGCCACAUACAAUUGACAACUGGGACGACUACUUCGGGCAAGUCCUUUAUGACCUAUAUGGCUUAAAGUUAGGGCUUGGUCUUUCCGAAGUACAGGAUCAUGGGUGCCCCCCCGAAAAACUUGAGCGACGAAAUACAAUGUCACUAGUUUCCAAAGUGUCUGUACUUGCACAUCGUAUGCCGAUGAAGGACUUGCUUAAAUCAGAUUUGAAAAAUACCAUCGAGCACAUGCAACAAGCGAUAGGGUCAACGAAAUCCAACCAACAACUCAUCCAAAAUCUUCGAAUCUUUAAUCAAACUAUGGCAAAGCCCAUCCAUCCGCUUCGCUUAUACGAAGCGUUUAAGGGAAAAGUUAGUAUCGAUGCUGUGGGCGUCUACACUUCAGACAGUACUCUCGCUAAACACAAGUGGUUUUUUCUCCUGGGUAUGAUAGCCUUUACUAAAUUUAAGGGAGUUGAUUUGAAUCGGAGACAGACUCCCGGCGCUACUGACGAUCUUCGUAUUGGAGCAACAUUCCUCCGACAGCAACUACAGUUCACCCCGGAUCAAUGGGAUGCUUGGUUUCGAUUAGCUGAGUGUUUUGAUUAUGAACUGGACGAGUCAGUUCUCUGGACUGCAGACAAAAUGAACAAAGAGCGCGGAGAACUAGUGAAAUACCAACGUAAUGCAAUUCACUGCUAUACGUUAGCGCUAUCACAUUCGCGAACUGUUGUCUUAACCGAUAACGAGGAAGCCAAUGAUGCUAUGCAUGAUUUGUACCACAAAUUUGGUAUGCGCAUGUAUGCUUCAAGUCGAGAACCUUUUGCUAUGGAGCCAUUCCAACACUCUGAUCACAAACGCGUUGUGAUCCACGAGACCGGGCCUGAUACUAAGGAUGUUCAUUCUCCGAUGCAGGAUUACAAGGUUUGGAAGUAUGCUGCAAGGCUUUUUAGAAAAGCUAUGGAGGUAAAACCUCGGCAGUGGAAGAAUCCAUACAUGUAUGCGAAAUGCGUCUGGAAAAUGUAUCGGAAACCCUUGAUGGAUCUUGACCCCAUUGAUCGGACAAGUCGACCUACGGUUGAAUCGAUAAUAAAGGCCCUUGAACAGUCAGUGAAAGUCGUAUCUGCGCUGCCAAAGCCCCGACACGGCCAGGACCCGAUUCUAGAGCCACAUUACAAGAUCGUGUCAGUGAUUCACAAGCUAGUGCUGCUUAAUGACUUGCAACCUCAAGAGGCUGCUGAUAUCCUCCAACGCCAGCCAUACGCAAUUGACAACGGAGAACACAUCGAGAUAAACGACCUGGAAGACUGGGAGUCAUAUGUAAUAAAAACACUCACUCAGCUGCGUGAAAAGGAUCGAGCAAACUGGCAACACCGCAUUUUUAUGCGCCAUGCAAGAAUCAUCUUCGAUGAGAACUCCGAAGAAUCUAGUGUCGUUCAUGCACUGGCCGCCUUUAGCGUUCUCAAGGACUCAAUGCUUACUAAGACAAUGGUGAUGAAUGUAUGGAAGUGCGACGCAGAACGCCCUGGCCGGCACCAUGUCUACACUGAGCAGUACGUGCGGUUUGUAGUCAAGUUGCUAGUGGUUCUGAAGGACAGAACGAACUUUGAAGCUAUGCUCCGCCGCCUGCGGAAGAAAGGUGCGGACUAUUACCAUUUCAGCGACCUUUGGCAGACCUGCUGCCUUGCCUACCUGCGACUCAUUCGCCAGGCCUAUCAGGUUUCGCCAGUUCUCGAAGACGAGUUCAAGUCAACGGCACCCGAGGAGUUUGAAAUUAUUACCAGCAGGAUUAACGAGUGGUGCUCUGAUCCUGCCUCGUCACAUCCCGCAUUGAGUGCGCUGCAAGAAGCCAUCGAGUUAAAGAAACUGAACGGCGGUCUCAUGAAAGCUGGUGCCAUCGACGAUUUGAUCAAUGACUGUUACACCACUCUGUAUUUCAAAACUGGAAAAUCCUUGCCUGGCCCGGAUGUGGCUGCGUUACUCGAAGAAAAAGAGCAAGAGCGCCUUCAACAGGAGGCUCGACAGCUAGAAAAAGAUAAUGCCGAGCUCAAGCCGUUAAACCCGUUUGGGGGUAUCUUAAACCCUCAAUCACAUGAGAAUUCCGGGACAGAAGGCGGCCCAGGGGAUUCUACUCCUGCAAAUAUGGAUGGUGUUCAACGUCCUCGCAAAGCAGGUAUUAGAAGAGCAGACGUGUUGCGCAGGGCUGAGCAAGCAGUGCUGCGUGCCCAGGAAGGGCCUAGGCCUACGGGCGGGAAAUCCCGCAGCUCCGUGUCGAGUGGUAAAACACCUGCUGUUGACGAGAAUAACGAGGAUGAAGCCGAUGCGGAUAGUGACAGAGACAGUACGAGGGGCGAUGCCGAGGGUGACGUUGAAAUGAAAGACGAAGAAGCUGAUAGAGAGCUAAGCUCCGUGCCGGGUAGCGUACACGACUCUGCCGAUGAUGAGAGUGAUCUUAGCGAUGUGCCUCUGGAGGACCUAUUGGAUGAGGAUGAAGCUCAACAUCUCAUGUUUCCCAAUCUUAUACGAAACCAAGACACGGAACCUGAGGAAUCAGAAGCCGAAACAGAAGAAGAAGAAGAAGAAGAAGAUGAUGAUGAUGAUGAAGAAGAGGAGGAGGAUAUCGAAGAAUAGACACGGCCUCCGAAAGCAUACUAAAACACUUGAGCCUUGAUAUGGCGUCACUAUGACUGUACCGUAUUCUAUAUAACUACCUAUACAUUGUUCAAGGAGGCAUGGUUAUAAGCAUUCAGGGGGGCGCGGAUUGGACGGCAUUACUUAGUUGAUGUUCAAUAUCUAUACCAGCGCUUGUUGAAGAUUUUUAUUCAUCUGGUGUUUUAAAACGAAACGAAGUCAAACAAAUGUAGGGGCCAGAAAAUGGGUAGCAUCCUAGCGCGCAUGGAUGGUUGAACUUGCAAAUGAUUAACGUAGUCACCUGGCAAGCACUACGCGUUCACUCUGAAAGGCAUCCUCAUAGCAGGCUCAUAGGGGCUCGGGGUCCUCGAGGCCAAAUAGCUCAGCCACCUACUUGAAGCUGAAUAUCAAACUUCAUCUCCACCUCGGCGGGGCUCAGACCCCUGAUACGACUUGCUUGGCCAGAGCUUGGCUGUCUUAGUUCUUGGUGUUGGCUACUAAGAGGCCAAUCACCUCGGGA